UUUUUCUCCAACAACCAUAGAGAAGUUAUGAAAGUGAGGUGUGAAUAAUAAACAGGGCUACAGUAUUCUCGGCGUCUCCCCACUCGGCAAGCCGAGAUCCAAACCUCCUCGGUUGGGCGAGUGACAUCAGCAAAUCUACCCCACAGAGGACAAAGGCUACCUACCACUCCAAAUACCACGUGUAAUUGAGCCUCAUCGACAUCAAAUCUCACACCAUUUCCCUUCUUCUCUUCUUCUCUCUGCUUCUUCAGACCAAAGUUCAAGACCCCCAAAAGGAAGAACAAAGCAAACAGACACCCAAAAUGGCAUCAUUCCUCCUUCGCCCCCUCUUCCGGCCCCAAGCUCUCGGUCUCGGUCUUGGUCUGUCUAUGGUUACAUAUCACGCACUGCACCAAAGACCAAUGAGACUGGAUUCAAGUUCUGUUUCUGGUAGCAGUGGUGUGUUUUCAGCGGAUACUUAUGGUAGGAAUGCGAAGACGCCUGUGGUACAGGGUGGUCAUCUGAAUCCACGGGCUGUGACACAGAUUAGUAGUGGGAGCAUUGUUGGUUUGUGUGCUGGGCUGCUAGUCAGUACGUUCUCGCGGUCUCUGGCGCUGAUAUUAGGAUUACUGGUCGUUGGUGUACAGUGGGCAUCCAGCUAUGGCAUCCACAUCAUCCCUUACAACCGCCUGCAAAAAUAUGUCACGAGCAUCGACCUGCGGUCCGCGGUGCAAGAUAACGUAGCGUUCAAGAUCUCGUUCGGAACGACGUUUGCAUUAGCAGCCUUC